AUGAAGUCACGUGGACAUUAUACUUAUUGUACUGGGAAAAUUUUCCAAAAAAAAAAAAAAAGAAGAGAACAGGCCCUGGGCAUUGGAUAUAUAAAAUAUAUUGGCAGUCUAGCUCAUCGCAUCGCAUCGGUACUGCUCGAACUUGAAAAGAUAGAAAGGAACACAGAAGAGCACACUGUAUUGAUCAAGGCACACGAGAGCAUUGGGGGAAGGAGACUAGCCAUGAGUACCAAGAAAAGAACCAGCUCGCAAGCUGCUGCCAAAAACAACCAGAAGGCUAAGAAAGCUAAGAAGGCAUUGGAUGUUGAAAGGAAAGAGAGCAGAGUUCCUGCCAGAAGAGCGAAGAAGGUGGUCAAAGUAUCUUCCAAAACUGUGGAUUACUCUAUAUGUAUACCAACCACAAUACUAGACAACUGCAAGAACCUAGAACAGAUCACCUAUGCAGUAUAUCAGGUUGCCAGAAGCGCAUGUUUGUUCAACGUUGCGGAGAUUGUGAUCUUGGAAGCAGAAACGGAUGCUACACCGGACCAAAAGAAGGACCGCGAUCAGAAGAAGGGUUCCAAGAUUAAGUUUGACGACUCGGACCUAAAAGAGGAACAAACGGAAACUGAGAGCGAAAACAAGGGCCAGGGCAAAGGCCAUGACCAGGACAAAAGCAGACUUUCAAAACCAAUGCUAAUUGCAUCGUUGCUCCAGUUCUUCGUGACACCGCCAUACUUGGUCAACAGCGUUUUCAAGAAGCAAUACAUGAAGUACUUCAAGUACGCCCAGCAGUUACCCAGAAUUUCGUCGUUGCCCUUCAUGCGGUAUUACGCCGAGAACGACGGCAGAUACAGAGAGGGCCUUGCCAUAAGAAUGAGCAAGCCCGGUGAGCGCGGAAAAUCAAAGAAAUCAUUCGACCAGACUAAAUACAUCAACAUCGGCAAGGGCCAAAACCUUGAGCUAAAGGGCCAGCUCGUGCCCGUAAAUGUCAGAGUCACAGUCGACACAGUAGAAAACAAGGUCGUGUCCCCAGAAGAAGCAUACGGCGAUUUCGUAGGCGCAAAGGCCUCUUUCGGAUACCACGUCAGAAUCGCCAAAUCCUUCGCAGACCUCUUCACUAAAUCGCCGUUCCCUCAGGGCUACACACAAACCGUCUGGAUCAACAGCGGCGACUACUACUUCGACGACAAAAUUAAAAAGAACGUAAAAGUGCAAUCCAAGAUCCCAGCAAUCGAGAAAGUCGUGCGCCCAUCGCAACAAGAGAUAGAACACGAAGACCCCUCCAAAACGGGGCCCGCAAACCUACUAGCCGUGUUCGGCAAGUGGGACACCAUCAAGAAGAGUUUUGUCUCGUGCCAGGACCAAUUCGAGGGCGCAACCGGUGCCUUCCAGUUCUUCGACGGAGAGCUUCUACUACCGGGCGCCACUCCACAGGGCCAAAUACGUACUGAAGACGCCUGCAUGAUCGCCCUAUCGCUACUGUCCACGUACUAA